ACCCAGUGGCUUCAGAGCAAGGAGGAAGAGGAGCAGAAGGAGGGCCGGGGCCAAGGGCAGGGGUUAGUGGAACGUGCCUGAGCCUUCUGCACUGCUGACACCACUCUGGACCAUGGGGGGCCGCAGACUGCCCAGAUUCAGCCUCUUCCUGCUUUUCCUCGGGCUCCUGGCAACCAACACCUCAGCCGCCCCAGAGCCACAGUAUAUGCUACUGAUCUCCUCCCUGCUUCACGCGGAGGUCCCAGAGAAAGCCUGCAUCCUGCUGAGCCACCUGAAUGAGACAGUGACACUAAGUGCCGUGUUGGAAUAUGGGACAGAGAACAGAAGCCUGGUGGCCAACCUGGUGGACGACCUGGUGGCCAACAAGGACACGUUCCACUGCAGCCCCUUCACGCUCCCGAGCUCGCCGGUGUCGGAGACAGUGGCCUUCCUCAGCGUGCGGGUGAAGGGCCCCACCCAGGAGUUCAGGAAGCGGAAGGCGGUUCUGGUGAGGAACAUGCAGAGCCUGGUCUUCGUUCAGACAGACAAACCCAUCUACAAGCCGGGACAGACAGUGAGAUUCCGAGUGGUGUCUGUGGACGAGGACUUCCAUCCCCUGAAUGAGACGGUUUCCGUUCUGUACAUUGAGGACCCCAAGAGGAACCGCAUCGCUCAAUGGCGAGACGUGCGGCUGCGGGAUGGCUUCGGCCAGUUCUCCUUCCCCCUCUCGUCAGAGCCCUCCCAGGGCCAGUACAAGGUGGUGGUGCAGAAGGAGUCGGGGGCCAGGAAGGAGCACCCUUUCACUGUGGAGGAGUUUGUGCUACCCAAGUUUGAGGUGCUGGUGAAGAUGCCCAAGAAAAUCACCAUCCUGGAUGAAGAGAUUGCAGUGUCCGUCUGUGGCAUAUACACCUAUGGGAAACCUGUCCCUGGCACGGUGACCUGGAGCGUCUGCCGGCGGUUCUCUCAAGGACAAUCCGAGUGCUACGGCAAAGAGUCGGAAGCCAUCUGUGAGGAGUUCAGCCAGCAGGCGGACAGCCAGGGCUGCGUCUCCGGAGUGAUAGAGACCAAGUUAUUCCAGCUCAAGCAGCAAGGAUUUCUGAUGAACAUCGAAGCCGAAGCCACGAUCAGAGAGGAGGGGACGGAGUUGGAGCUGAGCGGAAGAGCCGUCUGCGAGGUCACCAAAACCCUGAGCAAGAUCACCUUCGAGAAGGUGGAUUCGCACUUCCGUAGGGGGCUCCCUUUCUUCGGGCAGGUGCGCCUGCUGGAUGGAAAGGAUGCCCCCAUCCCGAAUGCGCUGGUCCAGGUCUCUGUGGAUGCGACCCACCACCUCUCCAAUCACAGCACCGAUGAGUACGGCCUCGUGCAGUUUUCCAUCGACACCUCCAACUUCACGACUGCCCCCAUUUCGGUCAGGGUGACUUACAAAGACUCUCCGGUCUGUUAUGACUACAAGUGGCUCUCAGGAAACCACGAGAGCGCAGAGCACAAGGCCAAGCACGUCUACUCCGCCAGCCAGAACUACAUCCGCCUGGAGCCCAUCUCUGACACCUUGGUCUGCGGGCACCAGCAGGACAUCCGCGUCCACUACAUCCUGAACGAUGAGGCGCUGGGGGAGCUGAAGGAGCUGCUCUUCUACUAUGUGAUCCUGGCCAAGGGCGGUAUUGUGAGAGCAGGAACCCACGUGCUGCAGACCAGAGGCAACAAAGGGUCCUUCUCCGUGGAACUUCUAGUGGGACCAGAAAUUGCUCCCGUGAUGCGCUUUCUCAUCUACUCCAUCUUGCCUGACGGGGAAGUAGUAGCUGAUUCAGAGAAAUUCAAUAUUGAAAAAUGUUUUUCCAACAAGGUGGAGCUGCAGUUCUCCUCAAUCCACACCCUUCCGGGUUCGGGGGCCCGGCUGAGGGUCACAGCCUCACCCCAGUCCCUCUGCGCCCUCCGUGCGCUGGACCAGAGUGUCCUGCUCCUCAAGGCCGAGGCUGAGCUCUCCCCCAGUUCGGUGUACAGUUUGCUGCCUGAGCAAGAUCUGGAGGGCUUCCCUGAGGGUCUGAGGAACUUGGGCAAUGACCUCAGGAACUGCACUAAGGUCCAGCCCAUCAUUGUCAAUGGAAUACCCUUCUUCCCAAUGGAUUCACCAGAUGAAGAUGAUGCUUAUAGCUUCCUGAAGAAUGUGGGCUUGCAAACACUCACCAAUCUGAAGAUCCAGAAGCCCCAAAUCUGCCAGUUAACUGUGGAAAAAAUGCGACAUCUAGCGAUGGAUUCCCUCAAAAAGAUGGACUCCGAAAUGUCCUGGGAGAACGAAGUCUCCUGGGAGUCGUCGGUUCAGGCGGAGACUGUGAGAAAGUACUUCCCUGAGGCCUGGAUCUGGGAGCUGCUGGUGGUAGACACCUCAGGCCAGUCAGAAGUGGCAGUGACCAUCCCCGACACCAUCACCGAAUGGAAGGUCGGGGCCUUCUGCCUGUCAGCGGCCACGGGACUCGGCCUCGCCCCCACAACCUCCCUCCGUGCCUUCCAGCCCUUCUUCCUGGAACUCACGCUGCCCUACUCCAUGGUGCGAGGAGAGGGCUUCCCGCUCAAGGCCACCGUCUUCAGCUACCUUCCUGGCUGCAUCCGGGUCAGCGUGCAGCUGGAGGCUUCUCCGGACUUCCUGGCGGUUCCCAUGGAGAAGGGCGCAUGCUCUCACUGUAUCUGCGGGAGUGGGCGCCUCACCUUGUCCUGGAUGGUAACUCCUUCAUCCCUCGGGGAGGUGAUGUUCUCGGUGAGCGCAGAGGCCCUGCAGUCCCCGGAGCUGUGUGGGAACGAGGCGGCCGAGGUUCCCGAGGUCGGACGGAAAGACACGGUCAUCCGGACACUCCUGGUUGAGCCUGAGGGGAUCGAGAAGGAGGAGACAUUCAACUCACUGCUGUGCGUCAAAGGGGACGAGGUGUCGGAGAAGAUCUCCCUGCAGCUGCCUCCAAACACGGUGUCAGGGUCAGCCCGGGCGUCCUUCUCCAUCCUCGGGGACAUCCUGGGCUCCGCCCUGCAGAACCUGCAGAAUCUCCUCCAGAUGCCCUACGGCUGCGGAGAGCAGAACAUGGUCCUGUUUGCCCCCAACAUCUACGUCCUCAACUACCUGAACAAGACCCAGCAGCUGACCCCGUCCAUCCGGGCCCAGGCCAUGGGCUAUCUCAGCAGUGGUUACCAGAGACAGCUGAAUUACAAGCACCAAGACGGCUCCUACAGUACCUUCGGGGAGCACCAUGGCAGCAGUCAGGGCAACACCUGGCUGACCGCUUUCGUGCUCAAGGCCCUGGCCCAGGCUCGGGCACACAUCUUCGUGGAUGAGGAACACAUCUCCAGUGCCCUCCUCUGGCUCUCCGGAAAGCAGAAGGACAACGGCUGUUUCCUGAGCUCUGGGUCCCUCCUGAACAACGCCAUCAAGGGCGGGGUGGACAAUGAAGUGACCCUCUCCGCCUACAUCACAACUGCCCUCCUGGAGAUGCCCCUUCCAGCCACGCACCCCGUGGUCCGCAACGCCCUGUACUGCCUGGAGACGGCCUGGAGAGCCAUGGCUGGGAACCCAGACAGCCACGUCUACACCAAGGCCCUGCUGGCCUACGCUUUUGCCCUGGCAGGGCACGAGGCUCAGCGGAGGGAGGUGCUGCAGGCGCUGGACCGGGAUGCCGUGAGAGCAGGUGGCUCCAUCCACUGGCAGCGCUCCGGGCAAGCCCCGGCAUCCAUCCAGCCACAGGGCUGGGGCCGGGCUCCCUCCGCCGAAGUGGAAAUGACGGCCUAUGUGCUCCUCGCUCGCCUCACGGCUCAGCCCGCCCCUUCCCCGGAGGACCUGUCCACGGCGGCCCUCAUCAUCCAGUGGAUCGCCAAGCAGCAGAACGCCCACGGGGGUUUCUCCUCCACCCAGGACACGGUGGUCGCUCUCCAUGCAUUGGCUCAAUAUGGCACCGCCACCUUCAACCGUGAGGGGAAGGCAGCAGUGACAGUCCGGUCCAAGGGUACCUUCUCCAAGGAGUUCCACGUGGAGGACGAUAAUCGCCUGCUAGUGCAGCAGGUGGCCCUGGCCGAGGUGCCCGGGGAGUACAGCGCGACCGUGACUGGGGCCGGAUGUGUCUACCUGCAGACGUCCCUGAGAUACAACAUUGUUGCUGGGCAAGGGAAGUCUCCAAUCGCUCUCCAGGUGCAGACUAUACCGCAGAGCUGUAGUGAAGUUGAAGCUGAAAAAACUUUCCAGAUCUCCAUCAGUGCCAGUUACACGGGGAGCCGUCCAGCCUCCAACAUGGUCAUUGCUGAUGUGAAGAUGGUGUCAGGGUUCAUCCCACUGAAAUCCUCCGUGAAAAUGCUCCAGGAAUCCAAUCACGUCAGCCGAACAGAGGUGACCAACAAUCACGUCCUGAUUUACCUGGAACAACUGACCAACGAGACCCUGAGCUUGACCUUCACCGUGACCCAAGACGUCCUAGUGCAGAAUCUGAGACCGGCGCCCGUGCGAGUCUACGACUACUACGAGACGGACGAAGUUGCCAUUGUGGAAUACAGUGCUCCCUGCAGCACAGAGACCGAAGCAGGAAACGCCUGAUGAACGUGGCCAGCGUCUGACUGGAUUUUUGGUACUGGCCCUCCUAAGACUGAAGACUCAUUCAUGUUUCUCUCUCCAAUGAACAGUAUAAAUAAACGUAAUUCUGAUCAACCUCACA